AUGCAGAAUUUGAUUGUCCCUGCUGCGUCGCAGCUGCAACUCUCUCCUACAUUGGAGAUCAACGAAGCGGUUGAAGCUGUGCGGGCUCAAGGAAGAAAAUUUGUCCAUCUUGGGUUCGGUGAAGCGACAUUUCCCAUUCAGGAGAAAGUGUUGGCUGUCCAUGCACAGUAUUCCCGUUCAACUAGCUAUAUGCCUGUUGCGGGCCUGCGUGCUUUGCGUCAGUCAAUCGCUCAAUUCAACUCCACGAGACUUGGGCUCGACAUCAGCGCUGAUCAGGUCGUGGUCGCUCCUGGCUCCAAAGUUUUGCUAUUCGCUCUCUUCGACGUGCUGCAAGGUGAUGUUCUGCUUCCAAGACCUUCUUGGGUGAGCUAUGAACCGCAAGUCAAGCACGCGAACAAACGACUCUUUUGGGUUGAGACUGACGAAGAAGACCGUCAUACCAUCACUAAGCAAGCCUUGGAGGACUCCUAUGAGGCAGCCAUCGUUGCUGGUGGCAAUCCACGAAUCAUGUUGAUCAACAGUCCGUCGAAUCCUACAGGUCAAACAUUCUCUGCAGAGAACAUGAAGGUCGUCGUCGAUUUCUGCAAUGUCAAGCAAGUCUUGCUCAUCUCAGACGAGAUAUACUCAGACAUCAACUUUGAUGGUGAAUCGAGCAGCGCAAGCCCAUUGCAACAGGCUGAUUCAGGCGUUCCGAGCGCUCUCAUCGUGAUGACUGGCGGUCUCUCCAAGACGUACUCAGCAGGUGGCUGGCGCGUUGGAUACGCGAUUUGUCCCAAGUCCGAGGCUGGAGACCAACUAUUGAGAGUGCUCCUGGCUUAUGCAUCUGAGUGCUGGUCCGCAGCUUCUUCACCGUCGCAGCACGCUGCAGUAGAGGCUUUCUCGACUUCCGAGCAUAUGAACCAAUACCGGAAGUCGGUCUCCAAGUUACAUGCUCUCUGCACCACAAGGCUGUAUGAAGGAUUACUUGCUCUGGGCCUCAGAGUGGCGAAACCUUCUGGCGCUUUCUAUGUGUAUCCAUCCUUCCAGCCAUACGCGGCCCAGCUGGCAAGGAUUGGCAUUCGAACCAGCUCCGAGCUUUCCAAGUGGCUUGUCAACACGUGUGGAAUCGCAGCUCUGCCAGGCUCUGCAUUUGGCGAGGAAGAUGAAGGUCGCAUUGGUGGCCGCUUUCGACUGCGCAUGGCAACUAGCUAUUUGUACUUUGCCAAUCAGGAAGAGCGAUACGAGAAGGGGUAUGAUCUGCUUGAAGCAGCUGCGCAGGGGAGAGAGAUACACCUGCCGAUGUUGGACGAAGCCCUCUCGGCCCUUGCAGCAGCAGUUGAUCGGCUCAAGGCUGUUUGA